GCGCUUUGCGCUGUUUACGGCGCAGGCGCGUUACUUCCUCCUAGAGCUCUCUUCAGUGUGUUUGCGUUGUGUCUAAACUGCCGGCGAGUUUAACAAAAUAUUUUACCAAUAGCAGCUAUGUCGGGCAGGUCGGUCCGCGCCGAGACACGGAGUAGGGCGAAAGAUGACAUCAAGCGGGUUAUGGCUGCUGUUGAGAAAGUACGAAAUUGGGAGAAGAAAUGGGUAACUGUCGGCGACACAUCCUUGCGAAUCUACAAGUGGGUGCCUGUGACCGAACCCAAGUCAAAUGAUAAGAGCAAAAACAAGAAGAAAGCCAACAAUGACAAGUAUGGGUCGGAGAUCACAACACCAGAAAACAGCUCUUCUCCCGGAAUGAUGGAUAUGCAUGAUGAUAACAGUAACCAGAGCUCCAUUGCUGACUGCUCUCCCAUGAAGCAGGAGAACAGCAACAGUGCCAGCCCUGCCCAAGAGGCCAUGGCAACUUCCCAGAGUGACAGCAUUGAGGCCAAGAGUGACCAGAGUCAGUCCCCUGGCAAAGAGCAGCUGAAGAGCACAGACAGCAAGAGUGGAAAUGUUCACCCCUCAGCAUUUUCAAACACAAGCACACCUAAGAGAGACCGAAGGUCCACGGGAAGGAAUGAACCAUCCUCGGACACUCCUCAAGAUUCUCAGGAAUCUGAAGAUGGCACUCCUCCCAAUAAGAAGGGGAAGUUGGAAACUCCCUCAGAUUUCCUCAAAACCAGCUAACUUGUCUUUUACCAUCACCAAUUCCUUGAUCUGUUGCCAUGUCCUCAGCCCUCCUGUGUCUUAAUUUCUUUAUUCUUCUGAAUUGGUCCAAGUGACAUCCAGCACCCACCUCUACCCCAAAAAAGACUUUAAAACUUAAACUAAACCAGGAUCUGCUGGAUGGGGCAGUGUCGACCUAAACUGCAGCUAAAUCUCAUUUUGCCACACAUCCGCUAUUUUUGUUCUUAAGUAUAUGUACAUAUAUUUAGUUUUUGUUCAUGCGGGUCAACACACUGUUUGAAUCCUCUUAAGAUCUGUUGGUUCUGCUGCUGUUCUGUUUAUUACUUUGACAGUAAAACAUUUAGUUAAUUUAACUAAAGACAAUACCUACAUAUUUAGUGCCAUUCAGUCAGUCGCAUAUCUAUUUCCUUUUCUCCUCUUAUGGAAACUCACUUGUAGCAUAGUCCUGUUACCAGAUUAGUUGUGUACCUUGAAUUACCAGAAUAAUGAAAAACAUGUUGAUUUGUUUAAAUUGUAUGUAUACUUCAAUCUGGUAUAACAAGUGCCCAGUUUUCGUUAACCUGUAAAGCAUUUUUCAGUGCAUAUGUAGGCUGUUUGGUUAUAGAUGGCUCUUUGAAUACCUCACUGGAGUCCAGCAGUGCUGGCAACACUAUGUAUAGAUUAUUAAACUAAGUAUAACCUUUUA